CGCCAUUUUGGAUUUAGUGGAGUUUGUGGGUCAAGACUGGGAGAAGUAAACGGCAAACACAAGCAGAACAAUGGGAUCUAAAGGAAAUGCUGAAGUGAAUUAUGUUCAUCAAAAUGCUAUUUUGUGCGAAACGAUCAAGAAGGAGCAAAAAAAUCACAAAUUAUACACCAACUACAGCAUUAACCCGUUUAAGAAAAUGUAUACGCUCACUGGAAAACCGAAUUCUGUGCACGAUUCUGCGGAUGGAGAAGAAGAUGACAAUUUCCUUGAGGUCAUCAAAAAGUCCAAUGAAACACCAGUUAAGAAAUUCAAAUUCCCACAAACAUCAGCUCAAGAAGUUGGAUGGAAUACAGAACCACUGAUUGACAGGUUGUGGAAAGACCGUCUGGAUCAUCCAAUAGUUAAUUCUGAAAUCACCAAGUUUAUGGACAAGAAAUGGAUGGUGAAAGAACAGACAGAAAUUAAUCAAAGCUGAAUGCUACUGUGCAAUCUAUUGUUGAUAUUUUUAAAUUUUGAAACGUUACACGUUUUUUAGCUCAUCUGACCAUUAAAGUGUGGAAACAAAAAUUCUUGUAUUAAUUAGAAAUUAAAAUAUUUUUAGAGGUGCUUUUCUCUUUUUUAUGGCAGCGUCCUUAAAUAAAGGAUAUUGGUUGUAAGCAGUGAAGAAAAUUAUCUGGACUAUCUUUGGUUCCAUUUUAACAAGUGCUUUAAUUUAGAGAAUCCUGAUAUUUUAACAGGCUUAUUAUAUUUAAUAAUUAAAGCAGUCACUAGCUAAACUUAUGCUAAGCAUAAAUAAGUAAAUUAAGACAGUAAUGUAAUUAUUGAAACUAAUAAGUGUAUUUUGUGCAGACAUCAUUGUGGUUUACAGCAAAUCCUUUAAUCUGAUUGGCUAGAUUCUUACUUACUAUUAAUUAGUACAUUGUUGCCAAGAGUCACAGUCAAGAGAGUUGUAAAAAUGAUUUAUUAAAGUUUUUUUUCUUUACAUGAGGUGCGCCCACACAUGCACACAAACUCUACCUCUAUUGUCAUGAUUAUCAUAUUUCAUUAAAUCUUCUCCAUACCAAA